AUGGUGGCGGAAUUCGUGCUACUUCGCUUCAGCCUAUGUCUCAAUUACUGUGCGCUCAUCGACAAACACGUCGUCCAAGGGGCUGAGGUCAUAGUCGCCAAGGGGGGAGAACAACAUCGCGAGGAUGGAUUGAGCCGUGUGUGCCGAAUUGUCGCCUUGAGCACCACAGCACCACGUUCAGUUCUGGAUGUCACAAUCGGAGGGCUAGUGCUAUAUGGCUUGUUUCUCGUUCUCGCCCGUCGUGCAACCCCAUACUACCUGAUCUAUCUAUAA